CGGCCAUCUCUAACCUCCAAAGGCCGCGCCAAAGAAACGUUUCGCCGUAGCCCAGACUUGGACUUUAGACCCGCUCACGUCGAGCCGUUAUCGCGCGAAUCCACCCGGUCCAUCGUAGAUUUGCAUGUGUCUCGGACAUGCGUGUCUUUUAAAUAUUUAUUCAUAUAUAAAGUGGACAAUUGCAAUUUGCAACUCAGUGGUUGUUGUACGGUGAUACAGUUUAAUUAGUUCAUUUUCGACUGGUUUGGUUCGCGGAUCUAUCACUGCCUAUUUCAAUUCCAACAAUUGGAUAUACCGCAUCUUCUGUCCCGACGAACGGAACAAUUUUUUUUCUUUAACAAUGGCUCCGAAUGUCACAUCAAUUCCUACGGGAGUACUUCAUGAACAAGACGAUGAAAUUUCUAUGAGAGAAAUUCCACCUGAAGUCAGCAAGCCCGACAAUCGCAAGUUGGAACUGGUUUGGAGAAACAUCAUUUUGUUUGCAUAUUUCCAUUUGGCAGCUCUGUAUGGCUUAUACCUCGUCUUUGUAUCAGCCCAGUGGAAAACUACAGUCUUAGCAUUAAUCUUAUAUCAAUGCGGCGGAAUUGGAGUAACUGCAGGUGCUCAUAGAUUGUGGGCUCACCGUUCUUACAAAGCAAAAUGGCCUUUGAAGUUGAUCUUGACCGUUUUCAAUACUUUAGCCUUUGAAAACUCCGUCAUUGAGUGGUCCAGAGAUCACCGUGUCCAUCACAAAUUCAGCGAAACCGAUGCCGAUCCUCACAAUGCCAAGAGAGGAUUUUUCUUCUCUCACAUUGGAUGGCUUUUGUGCAGGAAGCAUCCCCAAGUAAAAGAAAAGGGAAAGGGUCUAGACAUGUCUGACUUGUAUGCUGAUCCAAUCAUCGCAUUCCAAGACAAGUACUACCUGAUCCUCAUGCCCUUGGGCUGCUUCAUUCUCCCAACUUUGGCCCCAAUGUACCUUUGGAACGAAACAUUCCUUAACUCCUUCUGUUUGAACAUGCUCAGAUACGUUAUCACUUUGAACGCCACUUGGUUAGUCAACUCUGCUGCUCAUUUGUUUGGAUCUAAACCUUACGACAGAUUCAUUAACCCGGCCGAAAACUUGUUUGUAUCUAUUUUCGCUCUUGGAGAAGGAUGGCACAACUACCAUCACACCUUCCCAUGGGACUACAAAACCUCAGAACUUGGAAAAUACAGCGUCAACUUCUCCACCGCUUUUAUUGACUUCUUCGCCCUGAUCGGUUGGGCCUACGAUCUUAAAACCGUAUCUAUUGACAUGAUUAAGAAGCGCGUUGAAAGAACCGGUGAUGGAAGUCACGAAAUCUGGGGAUGGGGUGACAAGGACCAGCCCAAAGAGGACUUCAAGGAUGCCACUAUUUUGUACAAAAAGGAAGAAUAAAAAGUGUUAGUGAUAGUGUAGAUACUUAAAAAAUAUUGUUGUGAUAAGAGUCUGACUAUUAUAAUAUUUUAAAUCAUAAGUGAAAAAGCUCUACUAGAUGUAGUUUAAUUAUUGUAUGUGUUACUAAUACAAGCUACACCUCAAGGAUACAUAGUAAGCAGUGAUAUUAUGUUUUAAUAUGUAGAUUUAGUAUAUAUAGUCAUAAUUUAUUUCAUGUUUAGUAGGGUGUUAAGAAUUUUCUAUAUUAUAUAGAUUUAAUAAAUAAUUAUUUUCGA